UGAUCCGCUUGAACUUUUCUCUGAUGUGACCUGACCUAGCGACACGCCCAUCUUGGUGUGUGUAGGUGUGGCAGAAUCGAGCUCCCGGAUGAGUGAACAUGGCGGACGGACGGCGAGAGAGAGGAGGAAAUCACUGAGGGAACCAUAAAAGCCAAUGCUUGAGAAGAAAAGAAAAUCAAGAAAAAGAGAAAAAGAAGAAAUAAUUAAAUUCCCCCAGUGAUUUCUGAUCUAUGUCUGUAGCCAGAACAAGAUGUCGGCCAUGACAGACGAUGGUUCACCAAUGGUACAGCAAUUCAAACAUACAGAAGACUCAGAUAUUAGUUCCUCUAAAUCUCCAUACGGAUCAUCCGAAGGUUCUCCGCCACGAUUAGACGACGAAGAUUCCAAUGAUGAACCGCCAUUUAAGUGUGUCAAAACUGAGCCAAGCAGUGUUCUAUACCGUGACUCUCCCAUGCCAAUAAGCACUCAGAUACCGUGCGGUUUUCAGUUCAAACUCGAAAAUCCUAGUCCAGAGAGACAGUCUCUGUCGGACUUGAGCCCGAAUUCUUUGGACUCUUCGGUUUCAUCCAAUGGGAGCCUAAUUCCUCAGACCCCCUCUCCUAACUCUCCCAUCAUCGGGGAGGAGGGAGUCAGUGCUUUUACGAAAACUGUCCCCAAAACUUCUGAACAGAAACUUGCACUGAUCAAACUAAGUCAGAUUAAGAGUGCAUUCAAUUAUAGAUCUCCCAAUAAACCUACUUCUAUUGGACAAAUGUUUGCGCUGAAAAAACGAAUAAAACAGGCCCAGUUGAACGGGGAUGUGAACCUGACGGCUAACUCUCCAUCCCCCCUUACCGACGGAGAAAUGGUGAACAGACUGUUAGCCAAGGAUGCGACAAAGAAUGGAACCAAGCCUGUACAGACAGAACCUGUUGAUUUAUCGGUGAACAAGAAAUCACCUGACCACCCUGGUAGCCAUCAUAUAGACCUGAACUGUGUCAAAAAAGAGGAAGACAUGAUGAUGUCAGCGGACACAGUGAAAAUUGGGUCAGCCGCGCUAUUGUCACUGCAGCGUAUCAAAGAGGCCUCAAAUAAGUUUAAAAUGAUGGGUUCCCCAAGUUCACCCAGACCUGACAGUCAACCGUUUCCUAUGGCAGCAGCUUGUGACGCAUUUAUAGACCGAGAAAAGAAGAGGCGGGUCCACAGGUGUGACUUCGAGGGCUGCAACAAAGUGUACACAAAGAGCUCACAUCUAAAGGCUCAUAGAAGAACGCACACAGGAGAGAAACCCUACGUGUGUACAUGGGAAGGCUGCACAUGGCGGUUUGCGAGAUCAGACGAACUGACCCGUCAUUUCCGCAAACACACUGGUGACAAACCGUUCAAAUGUAAUGUGUGUGAGCGGGCCUUCUCCAGGUCAGAUCACCUGUCACUGCACAUGAAGAGACAUUGAUUUGUCAUGAUUCAUUUUUAAAGGCUAACCAUUGGAUUUCUGUCGGCAGAAGUCGUUGCAGCCCCAGUUUUAUAAAAAAAAAAUGAUGGACCAAUGAAAUGCCAUCCUUUCAGUUACUGCUGAUUGCCUUCCUGUUGGUGAUUAGUUGCCAUGGCAAUGGUUCCUACCAGAGACACCUUAGCUAGGUAGUUAAUACCUAGGAUUACUGUGCAGCAAUAUGUCAUUAUUGCUUUGUCACAAAACUUCACUUGGUGCAUAAAAACUGCUUUAUGUAGUAGAAAAACUCUAGCCAUUUACAUGUACAAAAAAAUGGACGCCUAAGCAAUACAGGGUAUCCUACACCAUACAAAAAAGCGUUCAUACCAUGAAGAUCCACCAGAGCAAUAAAGAAGUAUUCACAUAAUGGAUUUGACAUUAAUGGUGUGUCAUGGUUUUGCUUUUGUAUGCAGACUUGGCUUUGGCAUGAAUACCUCUGCUGGCAAGAGGCUGUGCAUGCAGUGAAAAUGUAGAUCAUAACAAUACUGUGGAUAUUUGUACUUCAUCUAUAUAGAUUUUUUUUUUGUCAUGAACUGUUUUUUUUAAUCACUUGAAUGAAUUUUUAUGUCAUUUGAAAGCAGCUUUGUGAGAGAAAAUGAUUACAAUAUACUAGGCAUGCAUCUGUAGUUUUAACUAUUUAUCAUGUUUAGAUUGUGAAGGUUACAAAUAAAAAAUCCCCCGACACUGUCGUCAGUAUUGUAGAUACCGGUAGAUAAAUUGAUACUUUUUUUUCUCCACUGAAUGAUGAUGUCAAUGAAUUGUUUGCUUGACUGUUGAAUGAAUUGUUUUUAUCUCAGCCAGUCAAACGAAUUGAACCUUAUCUAAUGUCAAUACGAGGCACGGCCCUUGCAAAGACUUUUGCAUUGGAGAAAUGCAGAUGAAUUUUUUUUUUCCGAGCUCACGAGAAAAGCAAUGUUGUUUAAUAACUUUUUUUGAUGACCUUGGAAAAUUAUUUUUGAAUUUGUUAAAAAUAUACAACAGAGUGCAACAUUCAAGCAAUAAUUUUAAAAUAUUUUAGAAAGGUUUAUAUGCGUUGUUUCAUUUUUAGAGAGAUAUAUUAUGACUUAAUGUGAGAUAGCUAGUAAUAAUUUUUGAGUGUCAUGUAAAAAAAAAAAACACUGCUGAGAUAAUAUAUAUAUUUGUUAGUUUUCUUUUCUUUCAUGUAGAAAAGAAUAGUUUUCUUUCCUCAGAGCAAUAAGAUUUGUUACAUUGUUGCCAAAUAUAUAUAUUAUUAUUCUGUUUUUGCUUUGUUUAAAAGAAAUCUGCUGACACAAAUAGUAUUUUCUAAAAUGUCUGCAUCCUUGAUGGUGCUAGAUGUGUAGACUAAAUCUGUUGUAUGGAUGAAGAAACUAACACAGUAUAAAAUUGUGAUUUUACUUUAAUUUUUUUUUAAAUUUCAUUUUGUCAGAUUGGUUAAAGAAAAAAAAAAUUAUAAAGAUUUGGUGCAAUAAAAGACAGUUUGAAUUGCUGCUUAUUGGCGGGAAAUUUCUGCAUUGUACGUUUUGCUCCAGUAAAAUCCGUGAUGUAAAUUUAAAAGUAGUCAAAUAAUAGCUAUUUCCUAUUCUGCCGAUUCAAGUCAAUAAAACAAAAAAAUAAAUACAAUUUCCAAUAUUUUCCCAAUUUACAGGACUUAAACAUUGGAAUAAUUCUUUUUAAAAAAAAUAUUGCAUUUUAAAAAUUGAAAAUUUUAACUGUGUACGAAAGUUUUAUUUUGUAUUGUGAAUUUACUUUCAAGCAAAUAACUAGCUGGGACCAAUUUGGGAUGCUACAUACUUCCCAAAUGAUUUUUUUAGACAGAGGGUCAUUUAUGUGUUCAUACAUUGAUAGAGAUUGCUAUAUAUUUUUCAUUCCUCUCCCCCGUAUGUUCAUAUACUAUAUUUCAUCAGCUUCAGUGUUGUAAAUAUGUGUAACCCAUGUUGUAAUUCUGUCAAAAUCUAUCAAAUUACAGUUGUAAAUUAAUUUAUUAAAAUGUGAUGAAACUUA